CCUUGAUUUUGCAAACCAAGUCAAAGCAGGUCCAGCCGCCUCUCCUCUUCAGCCUCUUAGACUAGAGACCUUGGGUUGGGCUAAAUUAGAUAUACAACUACCUCGGCCUCAACCUCUCAUCUUUAGCAUCUCUGUCGCUCCGACCGUCGUUGACGUCCCGCGACACUAUCUUCUUCCACCGCCAGCGUCGCCUCCCUGCCACAGUCUCGAUCUCUGCCCAUCAUGGCGCGCGUCUACGCCGAUGUCAACCAGAGCAUGCCCCGCAGUUACUGGGACUACGACAGUGUUAACAUCAGCUGGGGGGCUCUAGAAAACUACGAGGUCGUCAGAAAGAUCGGUCGUGGAAAGUACUCGGAAGUCUUUGAAGGCAUCAAUGUCGUCAACUACCAGAAGUGCGUCGUCAAGGUCUUAAAGCCUGUGAAGAAGAAGAAGAUCAAGCGCGAGAUCAAGAUCCUCCAGAAUUUGGCCGGGGGUCCCAAUGUUGUUGCCUUACUUGACGUUGUUCGGGAUGCGCAGAGUAAGACGCCGUCCCUCAUUUUCGAGCACGUCAAUAAUACCGAUUUCCGAAGCCUCUAUCCCAAGUUCAAUGACAUCGAUGUCCGGUUCUACAUCUUUGAGCUCCUCAAGGCCUUGGACUUCUGCCACAGCAAGGGUAUUAUGCAUCGAGAUGUUAAGCCUCAUAACGUUAUGAUCGAUCAUGAGAACCGGAAGUUGCGUCUCAUUGAUUGGGGCCUGGCCGAAUUUUAUCACCCCGGUACCGAGUACAACGUUCGUGUGGCCUCUCGCUAUUUUAAGGGCCCAGAACUGCUGGUCGAUUUCCAGGAGUACGAUUACAGUCUCGACAUGUGGAGCCUGGGAGCCAUGUUUGCUUCUAUGAUCUUCCGAAAGGAGCCGUUCUUCCAUGGGAACAGUAACUCGGACCAGCUUGUGAAAAUUGCAAAGGUUCUUGGUACUGAUGAUCUGUUUGACUACAUCGACAAGUACGAAAUUGAACUGGAUGCGCAAUAUGACGACAUUCUUGGACGAUUCCAGAAGAAACCAUGGCAUAGCUUCGUCACCUCGGAAAAUCAGCGAUUUGUUUCUAAUGAGGCCAUCGAUUUCCUUGACAAGCUACUGCGAUACGACCAUCAGGAGCGUUUGACCGCCAAGGAGGCGCAAGCGCACCCCUACUUCAACCCCGUCCGUGAUCCCGAGGUUUUUAAGCAACACCUUGCAGCUGCUAAUGGCGCUGCCAACAAGUCUUGAGAGUGCUUGGAGUCGUAGCUCUCCAACACUCAUCACCUCUGGCGAUCCAUCUCGUGGCAACCCUGAACCCAUGAUACCCUGACUGGCGGUUACUGCUUUCCUUUGUCGGUUUUCCGUCCCUGAUAGGAUACACCCAUACUAGGAAGAGAAUAUCUCAGCCGGAUCUGCCUUGAUCCUUUCCGCCAUGAAAGCGCGCCGACUCAAUGGCUCUGUGAGAUGGACUCCGUGAGAAUGGAGCUGGAUGAGAAUAUUCAACAGCCUUGGCAUGACGUAUGACUCAAACGGUUCGGUGUAAUGAGGAGAAGCUUGCGUGACAUGCAGCGACAUCUCGGACAUCGUUACAGGGGCGAUGUGGAAUGAGGCAAUGUGGUUUCGGCGUUCCAGGUUCUGGGGUUUAUAGCACGUUGAGAUCGAGGGCUAAUCUAACCAUCAAUACUCCUAACUUUUUUUUUUUACUUUGUAGCUGGAGGUUUUUAUGCUUUUGAGUCAGCUUUUUCUCGAGUAGCGUAAGCCUCAAAUAAAACCACAGCGCUAUGUUUGCUUGUUGUAUAUUGGUCUCCCAAGGCUUUAUUAUCUAGAGUCUUCUCUACCAAAAGUAAUAUGUAAAAUCAGAACGACCA